CUGCAGAGCAGUUCCAUCUAGUGGACCAAAAUGGGCAACCUAUUCAAUAUGAGCUUCAGUCAUUGGGGGAUUCUAACGCACAAAUGACUUAUGCACUUGAUUUUUUUAAAAUGCUUCCAAGAUGAUUGUUGCCAGCCCAUCAGAAAAUGGACAGGUGCUGCGUGUAAUUCCAUCUCCCCAGACAGGAAUGACACAAAUGAUUAUACCUCAGGGACCACUUGUGGAUGAGAAUAGUCCUCAAGAUGUCUCCGAAGAGAAACCCAGUGACAGAAACUUAGCAGCUGUAAGAGUGGAUGCUCUAGCAGACGGUGACAGUAGUUACAUUCUUCAUCCACAGGCAUCCCUCACAUUGCCCAAAAAGACAGUGACCAGGAUACCCGAAGAACCUCUUUUGGCUCCACUCCAGCCACUUUCUUCUAACACACCUAUAUGGGCCUGCCGUCUUAGGAGCUGUGAGAAAAUUGGAGAUUCAUACCGUGGCUACUGUGUAAGUGAGACUGAAUUGGAAAGCGUCCUAACAUUUCACAAGCAGCAAACACAGAGUGUUUGGGGGACCCGCCAGUCUCCGAGCCCAGCCAAGCCAGCUACGCGCUUGAUGUGGAAAUCCCAGUAUGUCCCAUAUGAUGGAAUCCCAUUUGUCAAUGCAGGGAGUAGAGCUGUGGUAAUGGAGUGUCAGUAUGGGCCAAGGAGAAAAGGUUUCCAGUUAAAAAAAAUUGGUGAGCUGGAAAAUAGGUCUUGUCAGCUCUACAAAGCCACUUGUCCAGCCCGGAUUUACAUUAAAAAAGUACAGAAAUUUCCUGACUAUAGAGUUCCUACAGACCCCAAAAUUGACAGGAAGAUAAUCCGAAUGGAGCAGGAGAAAGCCUUUAACUUGCUAAAAAAGAACUUGGUAGAUGCUGGUGGUGUUCUUAGGUGGUAUGUACAGUUACCUACUCAGCAAGCUCAUCAGUAUCAUGAAUUAGAGACUCCCUGCCUCCCUUUAUCGUCUUCCUCCUUUCCCAUAUCUUCUCUUGAAGAAGAGGAAGCUGCAAUUAGAGAUGAGAACUGUACAUUGCCCUCACGUCUACAUCCUCAAGUAGCACAUAAAAUUCAAGAAUUAGUAUCACAGGGAAUAGAACAAGUGUAUGCAGUUAGGAAACAGCUAAGAAAAUUUGUGGAAAGGGAACUCUUCAAACCUGAUGAAGUACCUGAAAGACAUAAUUUAUCCUUUUUUCCAACUGUAAAUGAUAUAAGAAAUCACAUCCAUGAGGUACAGAAAUCCUUGAAAAAUGGAGAUAAUAUCUAUAACUCAGAGAUUAUUCCAGCAACGCUUCAAUGGACUACAGAUAGUGGGAAUAUUCUCAGAGAGACUGUGACAGUUACGCUUGCAGAAGGUAAUUCACAAGGAGAAUCAGUUUCCAGCAAAUUGGAAACAAAUCAGACAAGGAAUUCUUUAUCUCCAGAACCAGCCCACUUGCUCUCCUCACUUUCUUCAUUUCAGCCAAAAAUAUUCACACACCUGCAGGGUUUGCAGUUACAACCAAGAUUCACUUCUGAUGGAUCACCAGCUCUAAUGUCAGUGAAUAACCACCCCUCCUCCAGUCCUUCAAGACUUCUGGAUUCAGUAGAAAGUGUUGUAAUGAAUAAUAAUUCUCUACUGCUUGGUCAGACUCAUUGCCUUCAAACAGAUUCACCUCUAACUCCAAACAGUAGUAUUUCUUCUACCAUGAGUAACCUUCCAGGACCAGAUCAAAAUCUGGUUGCAGUGGAUCAGCUGGUAGAAGUUGAAGAUGUUGAAGAUACAGAGACUCUGGAAGGAAAUGUUCAUCGGAUUCUAUUGGGAAACGUGCAGACCAUACCAAUACAGAUUAUAGACAGCCCGCCAGUUCUUAUUGAAGAAAAUUCAGAAGGUACCAUUUCUGUGAACCAAGUUAAGCAAGAACCCAAAGAACCAGCAUUGUCUCUGGAAGCAAAACCAAAUUUGGACUGUAAGAAAUUGUCUGCUACAUAAAUUAUUGCAGCUUUUCAGAAUUUACAACUCUGGUGACUUCUGAUGUCAUAGGAAAAGAAGGUGAAUGUAAUCAAAGCACAGCGUUGGGAUAAGUGGACUGAAGACUGGGCCAACGAGCAGCUUUAAUUCAGAACUGGCAUUUGUUGCUAUUUUUACCUUGAGAGAUAUUUUACUCUUAUUUUAUAUAGUUCUUAAACUUUUUGAUUAUCUGAUAAGGCCAGUAUUUCAGAAGAUCAUCUGAACUUAUCCACAGUGAUGUAGUCUGAACACAAAUAGUUAUCUAAUUCAUCCUUUGAAAAUACCUAAUUUUGGUUCUUAAAAAAGAACAUCAAAAAUAGUAUGUGAGUAUCUAUGUGUGUGUGUGAUGAUUUUUUUUUUUAAGUUUUAAAAGAACUUACUCCCUCUUUAAAGUUAUGAAGAAAAAUUUUAAAUUAAUAGACAAGAGAAUAUCUGAAGUCUGUCUCAUUUGGAAAGAAAAACAACAGAUUUUGCAUCAUAAUAUUAAGCCCAACAUUCACAUCUGUGAAAACUAUGUAGUUGCAUUUUAACUUCUUCCAUAACUAGAAAUAAGUAGUAUACCAAUGGUCAUCUCAUAUAAAUUUACUGUGUCAUGAUUAAGUACUGAGAAUUUUAACUUGAGUCAAAUAAGGAAGAGAAAUAAAUGCCUUUUGCAUGGAUUUAUAUGGUGUUAUAGUUAAAAAUACUACUUAUGGGUUGAAAAAUGUAGAAACGGAGAGAAUUCAGAAAGAAUAAUAGAAUUCCCUGGUGUUUAUAAAUAGUCGGGAACUUUUUGAUAUCAGCAGAAGAUAUUUGUUCCUAUUUUGUAUUAAAGCAGCAGCUCUGGUUAUAAAAGAAUUUGAGUUGUACUUAUUUUUCUGUGCCAGAGUUCUUAAUAAAUUGAUGGUAUUUGAAAGAUGGUAAUCUUUCAAGGUAAAGAUUUAUAGUUUAAAAUUUAGCUCAUAUUUAAAACUUUAAAACAACUAGUGUAUUAUAUUUGCUUGUUGAAUAAGCAUAUUUACUUCAAAUACUGAAUAGAUACUAAUCAGUAUAUUCAUUAUAAGCUUCUCUUUUCUGGAAGGUUGGUAAAUUAGAAAUGUCAAUUACAGCUAUCAAGAAAUCAACCUAAAGCCUUCCCCCUACCCCAACCCAGAGACCUUUUGUGUGUAUAUUUAAAUUUUCAUUUCAAAAAUAAUAAUGAUUUCCAAUGGAUAUUAGUGUUUAAUAUUCAAAGCAUACAGCGUAUGAAAUUUAACUUUAGUACUUUAUAUGAAUAUGAGUCCUUUUGGCUUUUCUAAGUCCAGUCUCACAUUCUUAAUUCACUUUGUUUCAGGUACACAACAUGUAUCUAAGUAUAAAGCACUGUUACUUUAGAAGUAGAUAGAAUUCUAAAAUUCCUUGCUCUUUAUAUUUAAACCCUAUUUAACAUAAAAUUUAUAAUUUAUACCUCUAUUUAAUGCAAAGUUAAUAUUCAGUUACAUACAUGAUUUUUUUCAUAAUUUUUUAAAAUAAGAAUUGCUUUUCCUUUUCCUAAGAAUCGAAAAUACUUGAUGUCAGCAUUUGUAGAGGCAGGCUGCCAAAUCUGUGUUGUGUGUGCAUGUGUGUGUAGUCAGUACAAAGCUGAACACAACUCUUAGUUACCUCAAACCCAGAUUUUUCUUAGUUUGUGUGUACUUAACGGAUAUAAGUCCAAAUUAAUUUAUAGUUUAAUAUUGCAUUGUGGGUAAUAUUCUUUUCGUUUGUUAUUUCUAGUUUUUAUGGAAACUUUUUUCAGUAUUUCAAGUAACAGAUCUUUACUUUUCAUUAAUGACAAUAGAUAAUUAUAGUUUCUUGAGCCAUAUUCCUUUGGAGACAUUCCUUGCUUUUUGAUGUUGAGUUGUUAAGGAGAAAUGCUUGUUAAGAUACAGACGCUAGUCAGUUACCUAGGAGGAUGAGAGAUGGUAGAGGAUCCAGACUUUGGCACCUAAAAAAGAACAAAACAUAGUUGAGAAACAUUUCUCACUCCAUUCUAUGUGACUGUCUCUUCCGACAUUUUUUUCAUGAGAACAGAAAGUUGCAGUACAUCCUCCCCAUAAGCAAAAAGAGAAAGAAAAAAAGAGCAUGAAGGUUUAAAUCCCUAAUUGUAUACUCUUUUGGUUUUUAGGUAGGAACUGGAACUAUCAAUAUUUUCAUGUAAGUAUUUUAAUGAGUAGCUCUUUAAAAAUGCUUUCUAAAUUAGUUUAUAAAAAUUCAUUUGUCCUCUAAAUGCAUGUUCAGUUACAGUAUAUCAGUAUUGUAUUUUAAAGGUGCUUAGCAUUGCUUUUUAAAAAGAUGUUUACAUAUUUUCAUUAUUCAGUUAAUUUUUAAAUGCCCAGGGUAUUAAAUAGAGCACAUAGAGUUUUCAGUAUCUGUAUUUGGCAUUCUCCUAACAGCUCUACAGCAAAGUUUGACAUAUGCUCUUUUGUGUCAUGUAUCACAAGGUGUAAUAUCUGUAGUAGAAAGUGGGUGUUCAAAAUAAGCACUCAGAAUUCAUUACUACAGCUGAGCUUGUUUCUUCAUUGUGGUUAUCAUGUUCCAAGCCUCCGAGUGAACAUUAUAUAUACUACAGUGAAUUAUAGAUAAACACAGCCAUGGUGAGUCUUUCCCUCAAUUUUCUAUGUAAGUGGUUAACAUACUUAAAAAGCUUUUAUGUCUUAUACAAGGUAAAUGUUUCCUAAAAGUUACAAAAGUAAUUGAAAAUAGACUUGAUGAUAUGGUCCUGCAUUAGAGUUUCUAAUCUUGAGGCCUAGCCGUGUGUGUUCCAUCUUUAUAUCCUGUCAAAAUACAUACUUAAUCAUGUGAAUAUGAGAAAGAUGCAGUUUAAUUUUGUACCAGGUUUUCUAAAAAGUUUAAAAUGUGUGUAUAUAUAUAUGUGUGUGUGUGAUAUAUAUAUAGUAACUUAAUGUUUAGUGUCCUUGUUAUAAUUUUUUUCAUUAAAAAAUCUUGUGUUAUUUUUUUCUUACACUUGUUAGUUUUCUUUUUAUACAUUUCCUGGGCAUAGUGAUAAUUUUGUUCAUCUUGAAGAUGCUGAAUAAACACAUUAAU